AGUUGAAGAUGUGUCUGAAAUUUGAUAAUGAUACCACUUAUAUACUAACACUUUGGGAUAAGACGAAAACAAGGUGUUUGGUACAACAAUAGUGAAAAUAAUCGGGACUGGGUCCGAAUAGCUGGACGAUAGUAUCCAUUAUACCCUGUUAAAGGGCUUCGGAGUACUCAUAGAGUCACAAACUCCACUUGCUCAACCUCCAAGCUUCCGCCACAAUCUCAGCAGCAGCAACAUUUGGAAUCCCAACAGCACCACCAACAAAUUCCAUCCUCAGGAACGGACAAACACGCAAAAAUGGGAAAGAGAGAAAUUAAACGUGGUGUAGUCCAGAGAACCUCAGAUGCUGGAAACACAAAUCUCGUGGGCAAAUUUACUCAGAGUGUUCGGCGAAUCGUCCAGGAUGUAAAAGAUGAAGGUGCUGCAAGUGGAAUGAGCAGAGAAGAGGUGAUAGCAACAAAUGAGAGGCUCCGUGCUGUGAGACUUCGCCUGGAGGAUUCCUACGACACCGCCAAACAAGCAUUAGUGACACUCAUGAACAAAUAUGGUGACUCAAAAAGUCACCGAAACAUCUUCAAUCGCUACCCACUGCUUAAGGUCAUGAUUAAGGAGGUCAUUCGACUGGAGACGCAGUACUGGACACUUGUGGAUAUUCCCAAGCAGGAGAAACAGGAAACUGUUCCGGCUUAUGUGAUGCGCGCGUGUGCCAUCAUGGAAAAGACCCAGAAGUCUGGGGAGGGUGUUAAGACAUCCGCUAAGCUCGCUGAAGAAGCUGCCGAGAAACGCGAAAGACUGGAUAGACUUGAAUCAAUGACUACAGCUCUAAUUGAACAGGAGAAUACCCAGAUGAUUAACGAUUUGUAUCGUUUGCUGAAGAAAUAUUCCGGACUGCGAAAUUUAAUAAGAGAGCUAAAGUCGGAGUAUGGCAAUUCAAAGUUGUAUCCAAUUUUUCCACGCUAUACCAUGCUCAAGGAUAUGAUUAAGGACAUCAUGCACGAUCCUGAUUACAUGGAAGUGUGUCACGAAGUAGACAACUAAAAGUCUGGGCACGAGACGAUGGAUAUUAUUCCUUUUCUUUCUUUCACUUUCCCUAUAUGGAUGAAGAUGACACAAGAGCGACAACUCCCCGGAGAAGUCAUCAUAUUGGGUGGAGAGAAUAUGAAUAUGAGAUGACAUUGAUACGCAUACAAUUGCGGAUUAUAUUGUGUUUAUGGUGGAAAAAAAUAGCGGGUGGAGUUCAAUUGGAACCAGAGGAAGAACAUAAAAGCUUAUUUCUAGUGGGGAUAUACAUAUAUUUAUUUACGACUUCAUGUGACGAGCAGGGAAGAAAAUGAAAUAGACGUGACGCACUUGUAAUCUCCUGGCACACGAACACAUUACAUGACAGAUUAGCGUGGAGAAAAUUCCAGAGAAAACUGCGAAAAUUCUCUGAGAUUUACGGAUGAGACUGAAUAAACUGAUUUUUAUGAGACAGAAAUCUGAAAAAUAUACGAGUUUUCGGUUAUUUCAAGAGAUUAGUGCAAUUAUCUGCACU